GAAAGCCGCUAACGUAGUUGGGGCCCAUCCACCUUCUCAGGUCUCGACAUCUCCGCCCUCACCCUUCUUUUGGAUCUCAACACUUCCUUCGACUAUAUAUAAGCACCCACGCCUCACAACCCUACACAGUGUAAACACCACUUCACUCUUUAUCUACUCUCGAUUGCCCAUUGCUAUUCCUUCUCUUUUACUCAAUUCUUAUUUUCACAUUUGCUCAUCGUCAUGGCCAAGAUCAAGAUCGGAAUCAACGGGUUUGGAAGGAUCGGCCGUCUAGUGGCUAGGGUUGCUCUGCAGAGUGAUGAUGUUGAGCUUGUUGCUGUUAAUGAUCCUUUCAUUACCACCGAUUACAUGACCUACAUGUUCAAAUACGACAGUGUUCAUGGUCAAUGGAAAAAGGAUGGGCUUACGGUUAAGGACUCAAAGACCCUUCUCUUUGGUGACAAGGAAGUUGCUGUCUUUGGCUCCAGGAACCCAGAGGAGAUCCCAUGGGCUGAGGCUGGAGCUGAAUAUGUUGUGGAGUCCACAGGUGUUUUUACCGACAAGGACAAGGCUGCUGCUCACCUCAAGGGCGGUGCAAAGAAGGUUGUCAUUUCUGCACCAAGCAAGGAUGCUCCCAUGUUUGUUGUUGGUGUCAAUGAGAAGGAGUACAAGAAAGAUCUCGACAUUGUCUCAAAUGCUAGUUGCACUACAAACUGUCUUGCUCCAUUGGCUAAGGUUCUUAAUGAUAGUUUUGGAAUUGUUGAGGGGUUGAUGACUACUGUCCACUCUAUAACUGCAACACAGAAGACCGUGGAUGGUCCAUCGAUGAAGGACUGGAGAGGUGGAAGAGCUGCUUCCUUCAAUAUUAUCCCAAGUAGCACUGGAGCUGCUAAGGCAGUGGGGAAAGUCCUACCUGCUCUUAACGGAAAGCUUACUGGAAUGGCUUUCCGUGUUCCCACUGUCAAUGUCUCGGUGGUUGACCUAACUGCAAGGCUUGAGAAAGCAGCUACCUAUGAUGAAGUUAAAGCUGCUAUCAAGAAUGCGUCUGAGACUAACUUGAAGGGAAUCCUAGGAUACACAGAAGAUGAUGUCGUAUCAACUGACUUUGUAGGUGAUUGCAGGUCUAGCAUUUUCGAUGCUAAGGCUGGAAUUGCCCUCAAUGGCAAUUUUCUGAAGGUUGUCUCUUGGUAUGACAAUGAAUGGGGAUACAGCAACCGAGUUAUCGACUUGAUCCGUCACAUGGCAUCUGUUGCAUGAGCUGCUGCAAGGGAAAAUCACCUCCCUUUUCCUGCUAAAUUCCUCGUCUUUUUGGUAGCUAUGAUGAGGUUGUUUUAAUAACUGAGUACACAUUCCUUCAGGGAUGCUGUUAUUUUGUUCCCUUGUUUGGUGCGAGAAUUCUAAUUGACAUUUUGUUGAACGGAAUAUUUGGCCCUCAGGCGUUUUUAUAACCAGUACCCUUUUUCCCUAUUGAUACUGUUUUGCCUUUUGAACUCGUUGAGUGAACUUAUUUGAGUAGUUACUUAUACUAGUAUCGGUGCCAGUGUAAAUGCACGGGUGUAUUUAAAAUAAAUUUUAACAAUUUAAGUCAUCAAAGAUAGGUUCAUUGUUGAUUCUAGAAAAAAUGAAAAAAUUUUAAGACUCUAGUUUUGUAAGUCUAAGGCUAGAAAGAUGGGUCAAUGUCUAUGGAUUUGCUAACGGAAAAUUCUAAAUUUGAG